UUUACUUUAGACAUACUUUCUUUUUAUGGAUUGAGGUCCACUUUAAUGUUUCGUAAUCAGGUGAUUUGAUUAAUGAGUUUUUCUAAAGUAUUUAAUUUCAACUUCUUUUGUAACACUCAAGUGUUAUCUCUCCAACGAAUGACCAAAAAUGAGAUAAUUAUUGCAUAAAAACGACAAAAAUUUUUAGUUUUCGUUUCCUAACCUCUAAAGUGUUUGUAAACUUUUUCGUUGUUGUUUUUUUUUUAUUUGUGUGUAAUUAAUAAUUGUUUAUUGAGUGUGUAUGUGUGAUCUCCUUUAUUAAAAUCACCCUUUGGUCUGUUACUUUUCAAACGAAGUGAUUUCAAUUUUACAAAGACUUAACUGGAAAUUCUUUAAAAUGUUGAAAAGUAUCUCAACGAAAGUAACAUGCAUGUAUUUCGUGUCAACAACUCGGAUCACAAAUUCAAUUAAAUGCUUACAUUUAGGAACAGUACCACUGAAAAAAAGCUUAACGGAUGAUACAAUGUCUGUAGAAGAAAAUAAUGUAAUACUUCAAGAUGUUGGCGAUAAGGGUCUUAUAAUUUUAAAUAGACCAAAAGCUCUUAAUGCUUUAAAUCUUUCGAUGAUUAAUAAAAUCUAUCCAGUUCUUAAACAAUGGGAAUCUUCAAAAAGUCUUGUUAUUAUUAAAGGAGCGGGUGAGAAAGCUUUUUGUGCUGGAGGAGAUAUUAAAUCUUUAGUUGUACCUUUAAGAGACGAUAAAGAUGGUCACAAAUUUGGACAGGAAUUCUUCAGACGAGAAUACACAUUGAAUCAUCUUAUCGGGACUUUUAAAAAACCAUAUAUCGCUUUACUUAAUGGUAUCACAAUGGGUGGAGGUGUUGGUUUAUCUAUUCAUGGAAAAUAUAGAAUAGCAACAGACAAUACUUUAUUUGCAAUGCCAGAAACUGGAAUUGGUUUAUUUCCCGAUAUUGGUGGUUCAUAUUUCUUGCCACGAUUGAAGGGGAAACUUGGAUUCUAUUUGGGACUCACGGGACAUAGAUUAAAGGGCAUUGACGUGUAUUUGGCUGGUCUUGCAACACAUUUUGUUCCAAAAAGUCAACUCGACGAAUUAACUGAAACUUUAUUAAGUCCCAAAAAUGUAAACGUUGAGGAGAUUCUAAAUAAUUAUCAAGCGAAAAAUUUAAAUCAAGAAUUUAGCCUAGAAUCUCACAUGAAAGAAAUUAAUCGAUGUUUUUCAGCGAAAACCAUCGAAGAAAUUAUUGAAAAGCUACAUGCGGAAAAUUCUCAGUGGGCUAAUUCAGUGAUAGAAAUUUUGCAAAAAGUCUCACCAACUUCAUUGAAAGUUACAAAAAAGGCUUUAGAUAAUGGAGCUAAUUUUGAUUUAUCCGAAUCAUUGAAAAUGGAGUACAGAUUAGCUUGCGCCUGUCUAUCGAAGGAAGGCGACUUUUAUGAAGGUGUUCGAGCCCUGUUAGUUGACAAAGAUCAAAAACCUAUGUGGAAUCCAAAGUCGAUAAAUGAAGUCACAGACGAAUAUGUAAAUCAACGUUUCGCUCCACUUUCCGAUAAUCUUGAAUUGACACUUUCAAAGUUAUAACACCACCGGGGUAAGCUUAAAUAAAAAGAACGAUAUUUUUUUAAAUACUGUUGAUAAAAAGCAAAUUUUAUAAAAUUCUGAACAUUUUUUUUUUUUUUUAUUAAAAACCAAUUAUUUAUAACAAACAUUCUUGACUCAUUCGCUUAUCUCUGGCACACCUUACGAAAAAGACGUUACAACAAAAUAAAUAAAAAUUAACAUAGAUUUGACUUGAUUCCAGUUUAAAGAAAGGCGUUUUUUUUUUUUAAGAUUGCAUUUUUCGUAAAAUGAAUCAAGAAAUUACGUUUGGUAUUUACAAUUCUGUAUGUGCAUCGAACUCGUUUGUUGUUGUUGUUUUUUUUUUUUU